CAUUUUUUUCUCUCUUUGCUUACAAUAUGUCAUGUUCAAAAAUAUUUUCAGGAGAAUUACCUGAAUUAAUAUAUGAAAUUAUAAAAUAUUUUCAGAAUGAUUUUUCAACUUUACACUCAUGUAUUUUGGUUAAUAGAUUAUGGUGUCGUUUAGCGAUUCCAUUAUUAUGGGAAAACCAUUCUCAAUUUCUACCGGAAAUUAUAACUUCAUUGAAAUUUACUUAUAUAAUUUAAAUUUAAAUGAUGAUCUAAAAACUGAAUUAAAUAAAUACGACAUUGAUAAAUUAUUACCUUCUAAUACACUUUUCAACUACCCUAGUUUUAUAAAAUAUUUGAAUACACAGGACUUUAUUUCUUCUGUUGGAAGGUGGGCUAAAGCAUAUUUAAAUUUAAAUAAAAAAUUAGUUAUUAUAUCAUUAUUUAAAAUAUUUAUUGAAAAUGACGUAAAUUUACAUACUCUUGAAAUUGAGUUAACUCAUCUUGGUUAUCUUUCUUAUUUUAAUAAUGGUAUUCUUGAGUUAAUUUUACAAAAUACGAACUUCAUUCACAAUAUUAAAUUUUUAAAACUAUAUAAUGGUAAAACCCCUGGUUUCUUAUAUAUCAACAAUAAUCCUAAUGAGGACAAGUUAACUAAAGAUCGCAUAUCGCAAAUAAUUAAUUUACAUCGAAAUCUUAAAAAAAUUGUAUUAGAUCACACCAAUUUUCCUUCAUAUCAACCAUUAUUGUUAUCCAAAUUAAUUAUGCCCUUAAAAUUGAUGGAAUAUAAUGUAAUAGUAUUUAAAGUAUUUGAACAAUUAGAACCUUUAGAUAAGUUAUUUGAACAAUUAAAUGUUUUGGAAUCUGUUCAUAUUUUUCAUUGUUAUCCUAUAAAUACUAGUUUUAUUCAACAAAUUAUUAAUUUAACUAGACCAUUUAAAUUAAAAUCUUUAUUUAUAAAUGAUAGAUCACAAAUUGAUCAAUCAUUACAAUUAUUAUUACAAAAAUAUGGUGCUUAUUUAGAGAAUCUUGGUUGCGGAUUUAGAUCUAAUCAUGAUCCAAUAUCAAAAAAAUUAAUUAAAUCAAUUAUAAAAUAUUGUAAAAAUAUCAAAUUACUUGAUUUACAUGAUUAUAAUAAUCAAAUUAUUUAUCCAACAUUAAAUUUAAUUGAAAAUAUUAAACAAAAUCUUAAUUAUCUUACUAUUAAUAUCUUUGAACCAGUAGUAUUAAGAAAUAUUAUUGAUUAUAACAAAUAUAGUUCAAUCAUAUUGCAAAAUUUAGGACAAAUUCUUCCUUCUAAAUUAGAAUAUUUAAGUUUAACUCUUCACAUUAAAGCAGGUAAUUUUAAAUUAUUUUUAGAAAGUUCUAAAAAUACUAUUAUUAAGAAAUUGUUAAUAAAUAAUGAGGAUGGUGAUGAUAUUUUACCCUAUAUAAAAAAAUAUAUUAUGAAAAAGAAAAGAGUCAGGUAUUUGGCUAUUAAGAAUUCUUUUCAUAAAAAUGCAUUAUUUCAUAAUAAGGAUUUGUUUUAUUUGAAAGAUGAAGUGGAGGAAUUUGGGUCAUAUAACAUCAAAUUGCAAAAUUAUAAUGAUUCAAUCAUGGGAGUUUAUAAUUAUAUAAAAGAAACUUACUAGUAAUUUGUAGUAAUUUAAAAGUAUUAUAUAUGAACAUUAUUAUAAAUAAAAUUGUUUUAUAAAUUUUCUUAUUCUAAAAACAUAUGUUUAUUUGUUAUUUUUUGUAGUUUAUUGAGAAAUUUUUAUUAUCUGAAAAUUUAAUAUGAACAAAAGCAAACAAUAUAAUGGGUCUGAUCUAGAAAAAUCAAGGUAAGAGAAUUUUUUAGAUAAAAUUUAAAAGUUAUUGUAUUUUAAUCUAGUCAUAUCAAAAAAUAUAAUGCA